AUGGGGUGGCUUGAUUCAUUGUUGGGCAAUCAUGCAAGGAAGUUCAUUAAGAGGAAAGACAGUGAUGCAGGAGAAGCAGGUCGAGCAUUGGAAGAACUUAGAGGUUCUCUUUACAAUGAUAUUCGGACUUCGGAAGGAGCCAAGCGCCAACAGCUGCGAUUAUGUGGACCAAUUGUGGCAAUGACCUUCAAUUUCUUCGCCUCAGUGGGGGUUAUUAUGGCAAACAAAUUAGUGAUGAAGAAUGUUGGGUUUAAUUUCCCAAUCUUCCUCACAUUAAUCCACUAUUCCACUUCAUGGAUUCUACUUGGCCUUCUUAGAGCACUGUCAUUGCUUCCAGUCUCCCCUCCCUCUAAAGCUACUCCUUUUGCUCCUCUCUUCUUAUUGGGCGUUGUCAUGUCCUUUGCCUCUGGUCUUGCCAAUGCCAGUCUAAAUCAUAACAGUGUUGGUUUCUAUCAGAUGGCUAAAAUUGCAGUCACUCCUUCCAUUGUUCUUGCAGAGUUCAUUCUCUCUAGGAAAACAAUUUCCUACAAGAAGGUUUUGGCUUUGGUUAUUGUCUCAGGAGGUGUGACAGUUGCAACAGUGAAAGAUUUGGAGUUCAAUUUCUUUGGUGCUUGCAUUGCAAUUGCAUGGAUAGUUCCAAGCGCAAUAAAUAAAAUUCUCUGGUCGAAUCUACAACAACAAGCCAACUGGACUGCUCUGGCGUUGAUGUGGAAGACAACGCCUGUAACGAUUUUUUUCUUACUAGCCUUGAUGCCAUGGUUGGAUCCACCAGGGGUUUUAUCAUUCAAGUGGGAUCUCUACAGCUCAUCUGCUAUUUUUUUGACAGCUCUCUUUGGUUUUCUCCUACAAUGGUCUGGGGCUUUGGCACUUGGGGCAACAUCUGCAACAUCGCAUGUGGUUCUCGGACAGUUCAAGUCUUGUGUGAUCCUACUCGGAGGUUAUCUAAUUUUUGGUUCAGAUCCUGGGUGGGUGAGCAUCUGCGGAGCUCUCACAGCUCUCUCUGGAAUGUCAGUUUACACAUCACUGAACUUGCAGGAAUCGCAUGAAAAAUUGAAUUUCCAGCUUCAGACACAAACGUUGCCUUUAUCAAAACCCAAGACACAAACUGAAACUUCUACCGGAGACGAACAACCUAGUUGA